UGAUUAUAAUGCAAUCUAACCUUGAUAUUCUGACGUUUAGAAAUUUGACGGCUGUAUUUUAUAAAAAUGUAAUGUAAAUAAUCAGUUUUUUUAAUAUCUUAUGUACGAAAAAAAUAAUACGUUUCGACGGAAUGCGCAAUGUGAAAUUUGUUCUAGAUUCCUUUUCUAAUAAUUUCUUUUUGGCGCAAAAAGAAUUUCUUAAUAGGCGAAAUUUUCUCAUCAAUUGUAUUAUUUUACAAUUGCAUAAAUACAGGUAGUAUUAAAAUUAUCAUUUUCAAUAUAAUGAUUGCAGAAAUAGGCACAGAAGGCUUUCAGCCAAUGACAAAUUUUAAUGAAGAAAGUCUAUUUAAGUUACAAUGUUUAAUUAAAGCAACAAAUAUACAACAUAGUGCACAGUGUGAAUAUGGAAAAAGAUUAUUUUUAGCACUUACAACAGGAAAUGCUGAAAUUUUUUUAUAUUAUAAAAAAAAUUCAACAUCUACUGCAAUAAUUAGAAGGAUACCUUGGUUUCAAGGAUCUCAUAAACAAAUCUCAGCUUUAUGUUUUCAUUCCAUGGGAUCAUGGUUGUUAUCUACAAGUGUUGAUGGAUCUGUAUAUAUAAUUCCUGCCUUGUGCUUUGUAGAUGAAAAUUGUGAGAAAGAUAAAAGAUGGACCAGUGAUGAUAUAACUUCUUUUCCUUCUAUUAGUUCACAAUCAUCUCAUUCAAAACCUACUGCAAUAGUAUGGUGGCAAAGUACACUAAUACCUGCUGAAAUUGGUAUCAUUGGAACAGAAUAUGGAGAGAUUAUAUUUAUUAAUCUUGAAACUGGCCAUCAAACAAAUGUUACACAAAUUAAAGGAAAUAUUAUCAGUCUGCAUAUUUGUUGUGACCAAAGUAAUGACAUUGUAUCUCUUCUGAUAACAAGUCAAUCCAGAAGACAAUGGAGAUUACUUUUAGAACAACGUACAUAUAGUUGUUUGCAUCAUUUAGAAAAUGGAGAAUCAUAUAAUAUGUUACAUACAAAUGAUAAUAUGUAUGAUAACAGUAAAAUAUUUGCUUCUACUAGAUCUAGAUUGCAAGGACUCAAACAAUUGUCUGUGGACAAACUUGCAAUACUCAGACAAAAAUUAAUAGAAACAAAAAGUCAGACAUUAGGAGAAAAUUUGCAGUAUCAUGAUAUUACAAAUAAUCGAAAUACUCAAAAUACAACUAUUAAUUCUGAAUCUUCAACAGAAGUAAAUCAGAAUCAAAUAACACCAGAAGUGAUGUCAAAAGAAGUAUUUCUAAUGUCUCAGUUAGAUAGGGAAGGACAUCAAUUAUAUACAUGUUAUCAUUCUAUUACAAGUCAAAUAUUGGUAUAUGGACCUAAUUUUACUACUGUACCUCUAUCAGCACAUAAAGUAUUUGAAUCAUGUAGAAAUGUUUUAUUAACUCAACGAUUUUUUUUUAUUACUGAUGUUAGUCAACGUGUAAUGUAUGUAAUAUCAGAUAGAUUAUCUGAAACUCGUAGGAAUGAUAAUGGUAAAUUUAAUCCAGAGUGUAUUGUUGGUCACUUUUCUUUAAUAAAUAGCAAAGAAGUAAUACGCGCUGUAUACAGAGCUAUUGAUUGUACAAAUAAUUCACCAACAAUACUUUCUGAAGAAAUGAAAAAUAAAUAUACAUUACCAAAGGGAAUAAAAGAUAUUAAAAUUGAAUUACCUCAUGUGGAUACAUGUAUAAUUGUAACAAAUCAUUCUGUAUAUAAAAUUGUUUUAAGAAAACCAAUAUUAUCAAUUUUUAUGGAAUUAGUAUUAAAAAAUAAUGAACUCGAAAAAGCAGCAAAAUUAGCUAUAAUAUUCGGUAUUAAUGCACAACAAUUAUUAGAGCAAGCUGGUGAUAUACUUUUAAUGAAUAAAGAAUUUCCACGUGCAGUAGCUUGUUAUAAAUUGUCUAAAUGUAGAAUAAUGAAGAGCAUGUUAAAAUUUGCAUCUGUUGGAUAUACAGCAGAUUUAUUACGUUGUCUCACACAUUGUUUAGCUUCUCCAGCUAUUAGUGAAUUACCUGUUGCACCAAGAAUACAUCUUUCUAAUUUAUGUGUUUUAGCUUUUAUUGAACGGACGCUUAGAAUUUCGUCUCAAAAAUCCAAAGCUAUAUAUAAAGAAUUUUUAUAUUUUUUAUCUACAAAUUCUUUUUAUGAUGAGUUAUUAGCAGUUAACAUCGCUGGACAGACGUGUUUAUGGGAGGUGUUGCACCAUUUAGCAACGCAAAAGGGUCUUUAUGGACAAAUGUUAGAUAUUCUUAUGAGGACAAUACAUAAUUUCAGUACAAGCAAUUUCCAACCAACACCAUAUGGCUUAUUAAUAUGUAUAAGUGAACCAAAUCUAAUGCAAGCAAUGUUAAUAUAUCCUGAGUUAGCUAGAAAUCACAUGUCAUUUAUACUUGAUAAUCUUCAAAAUUCUCAAAUUUUUGUAUUGCAAAGAUUAGUAACACUAUAUGAUCCAACGAAUCCAAUAAUAAGACCUAGAGUAGUACGAUGCCGAUUACGUCAUAGAACUACUUCACAUAGUUCUCAAUCUAGUCAAUGUGAUUCUAUAGAUCUCAUGGAAAAUGAUGAGGCUGAUACAUUAAUAGAAGAAAUCAUAGAAACUUUUUUACUAAUUUUAUUGACUUUGAUUUGUAAAAAAUCUAUUUUACAUCAAGAAUCUACUACAUAUAAUAUUGAUUUAUUAGCUCUUAAGAAGGAUCACAACAAUUCUAAUUCUGGUGCUGAUUUCAAGAGAAGGCCAUUGUGUGCAGGAUUUUCUCAUGUUGCUCUUAUCAGAAAUGGAAAUGUUUAUACAUGGGGAAGUUCUGUGCAAGGAUGUUUAGGCACUGGUCCAUCUGUAUUAAGAUAUGGUUCACCUCAAGUUAUAUCUUUCUUUUGGAUAAUGGAAAUUGAGGUACUCAGUGUAUCUUGUGGUCAUUGUCAUACUUUGGCAGUAACUAAUAAUGGUGUUUAUGCAUGGGGAUCAAGUCAGUUUGGUCAAUUAGGUUUGGGUAAAAUUUUACAAUGCUCAACUCCUGAAUUGAUUACUUCUUUGGCUCAAGAAGUCAUUAUUGAUGCAGUAGCUGGACAAUAUCAUUCUGUUGCAUUAACUUCGGAUGGAAGAGUCUUUACAUGGGGUUGGGGUGUUCAUGGUCAAUUAGGUCAUGGUAAUACUGAUAAAAAAAUGACUCCUACAUUAGUUACAUCUUUACUUGGUAUAGUUAUACGUUUUAUUACUGCUGGUCAUGCACAUACAUUGGCUCUUUCAACAGAAGGUAUUAUAUAUGCAUUUGGUUGUAAUAUUUUUGGACAAUUAGGUGUGGGCAAUAAUAUUAAAAGUUCAGUGCCAAUAAAAAUCUCAUUAUCAGAAAGAAUAAUUCUUAUUGCAACUGGAUAUUUUCAUAAUCUUGCAGUUAGUUGUACAAAUAAGUUAUAUAUCUGGGGAGCUAGUCCUCAAGUUCUUCGAUUGCAAGCACAAACACAAAAACGGACUCGAAUAUUGGAACAACGAGAUAUAAAACAGUUAGAAAAUAUUGAUGAGUUCGAAAAAAUUGCAGAUUCCACAAAUAUGAAUGAUACAACAAAUGAAGAAGUUUUAGAAAAUGAUGCACAAAGUAAAAAUGCACAAGCGAAAAGUGGAAUUAAUACAGAAUCGCGAAGAAAACAAUUAGAUAAUAUGUGUUUAAGAAAUGUAAAUGUUGGAUCACUUGAAGAGGCUCAAACUCAUUUAAAACCAACUAUUGUAGAUACUAGUUUAGUUAAAGGAAAUAUCAUACAGAUAUCAACUGGUUGUCAUCAUAAUGCUCUUGUAACAAAAGAUGGAUCACUUUAUACAUGGGGUAGAAAUUUAGAUGGACAAAUAGGCAAUGGUAGUCGACGAGAAGUUCUAAUUCCUACUCCACUAUGUUACAAUCCUGUUUCGAUUUUUGCACAAAUACCUCCAAGGCAUAAUGCUUAUAAACGUGCAGGAGAAGAACAAGAAAUAAAUGAUAGUAUAAAAAAUACUAUGAGUGAGAAAAACGGAAAUGUACAUAAUGAAAUUAAAUCGGAAAAUAAUGAAUCUAGAGAAAAAAUAAAUGCUAUAAUUAAAGUUGUUGGAGUUUACUGUGGGUAUGAUUAUACAAUUGCUAUUCAACCAGGAGGUACAAUUUUAGCUUGGGGUAAUAAUAGUAGAGCACAAUUAGGCCGACUUCCUGCAAAAGAUAUGCGUGAUACCGAUGAUAAACUUGUAUUAAUUAAAAAACGAAUUGUACGGCUUCCUCACACAUCGCAUGUAGCUUUGGACGUGCCUACUCAAGUUCCUAAUAUUCCCGCUCCUAUUAUUUCUUAUCAAAGUUAUGACAUAUCUUCUCUAGCAGGUACUAUUUGUCCCUUAAGUGUUAUUGAAAAAUCACCAGGAGAAUUGACAUUACAUUAUGCAUUAGAAUAUUUCUCUGGUUUAUAUGAUUCCUCGAAAAUUAUAGAGAAGUGCGUUGAAUUAGGAAAUUACCAAGCUUGCUCAAAAAUUGCUCUACUGCAACAUAAUAUUUCUGAAGCGUUUUGCUAUCAAUUGAAAAUUUUACAUUUACUGAGUCUCCAAUCUUGCUCAAAAGUGAAGUCUGAAAAUUUACAUGAAGAAAUAGAACAAAAAUCUACUGAAGAAUCUGAUUUAAAGAAAUCUUCGUUAAAACAUGUUAAAAAAAAUACCGAACUUUUCAACAAACAAGUAGAGAAGAAUCUGAUUGAUUCUGUUAAGGAUUGCGCCGCCAAAAACAAAAUGAAAAUUCCUGCCAGCAAGUCACUGAACAGUCUUCAACUACUUCAACAAGAAUUGUACACAUUUGACUGUCAAGGAGGAUUAGAAGAAUUAUGCAAAGAUGUUAAAUGUGAAAAUACAUCUACAGGAAUUUUCGAGGAUAGUUUUGAUUCUGAUGUUAGUUCUAAUUCGGAAGAAUGGGUGGAAAAUCAUAUUUUGAAAGAAAAUCAAUUACAAAAGCAAGAAAAAAUAGGAAAAUUCAUUGAAGAUAAUUCAGAAAUUUCUUCUAUGAAAAAAACAUUGGAUCAGUUGCCUAAAAAUAGUGGAACAUUUAAUGAAAAAAAAAUUACACAAUUUUGGCAAAAUAAUAUAACCAAUGAAGCUAUAAAAGUAAUUAAGUUUUUUUUAAAUGAAAUGGAAAAUGAAACAGAUGCUAUCAAAUGUAAAAUAUUACAAGAUGCACUUGAUUUUUGGAUUGAACAUGAUUUAGUUAUACAAACAAUAGAAAACGUAUUUCUAGAACACAUUCAAUCGAUUUUUUAUCCCCUUGGAUUAUUAUUAUUUUGCCAAGAAAUAAUGGAAAAAUAUUUGGAUAUAAAUAAAAAUGAUACAAAAGUCAAAAGGUUUAUUGCAAUUGAUUAUUUUUCUAUUAAAUUUUGUCUUCAAAUAUGUUCCAUGUUACUACAUCACAUAGAUCAAGAUCAACCUAUGCCUGAAUUUAUUAAAUUAUUAUCUUCUUUAACGGCUGAUCAAUUUGGACCACCAUUAACUGGAUAUCCAGGCUCAAGUGGAAAUAAUACUUCAAAGCAAAUGAUGGAAGGAGUUAUAAGCACUGUAUCUUCUAAUAUUCAUGAUUCUAAAUCGUUUGUACAUAUUAAGGAUCCGGAUGAGGUAUAUCGAUUUCUCGAAACUAAAGAAGAUACAAUGAUAUUCACGUGUGGACAUCAUUUUUCAUUAUCUGCAUAUAAAAAUGAAAUAAUUCCAAUGAUGGAAACUGAAUUAUUAACAUCCGAAUCAUUAGUUCUUCCAUGUACAGCUCAGUACUUAGGAAAAAUGUUAUCUCAAACUACUAAACCAGAAAUAUUGUGCCCUUUAUGUAUUCCCAGAGCGUUGGAAACAUUAGUGAAGAAGUAUAAUGGAUGAAAAGUAUGUACCUGAAAUUUUAUUUUAACAAAAAAGAAUAAGAGUGAUAUAUGCAACUUUUUUUUAAAGAUCUCAAAAGAUUCUAAUACAUAAUACAUAUAAAAUAAAUUUUUAAAUUAAUUUUAAUAAUCUAAAAUGUUGAAACAAAACUGAAAUGUAAUGAAUAUAUAUUAAAUUAACAAUAUGUUUAAAUUUGCAACAAUACUUAUCUUUAUUACAUUGUAGAUAAAUAUCAUAAAAUGCUAUAAAGCUCUCUAUAUCUUUGAAAACAUAUUUUUUAGAUUAUCUAUAUAUAAUUAUCUAUAGAUAAUUCUGUAUAGACAUGAUUAUAAUGCACUUUUAUUAUUUAAAAAUAUAAAUACAUCUUAUCAAAUAUCAGAAAAUUAUUUGAUUACGCACAUUGAAAUUGAACUAUUCAUUGAAACUAGAUAUUAUGUGUUCAUGAAUUAUUAUAAAGUGAUAUUUCAAAUAUUUUUUGCUAAUAUGUAUUAUAAACUAACAAAUAAUAUUAUAAUUAUAUAUAAUAUGCACUAUGCAUACUUUUAUUUUAUAUUUAUAUUCAUGAAAUUUUCAAAAAAUCAUAAUAAAAUGCAUCACUUUCAAUUAAAUGUUAAGAAAUUUAGUCAAACCUAUAUUUAAAAACAAAUACAAUAAUUUAACAAGAAAAAUAAUGAAUUAAAAAUUAUUUUUUUUUAUAUUUCAUUUUAUAUGUGAAAUAAUUUUAUUUCAGAUUAUAGAAUUGAAAUUUUAGAAUUGAAAAGUUCACAAAUUUUAUUAUCAAUUGUCUUGAAUAAUAUAAUAUGAUUAUUAAUGAAUUUUAAUUUAUAUAGAAUUUUAAUUUAAUUAUAUGAUAGAUAUUAUAUUUUAUAUUUCAUUCAUAUGCUAACGUUUUUAUAGAUCAAUUGCUUAUUAUAAAGAAUUUUUUUGUAUCUUAUUAUAAUUUUUUAAUUAAAAAAAUUAAGAUAUUGGAUCUUAAUAUGUAAAAAAUUAUAAGCAAAAUAUAUAUUUGAAAUAUGAAAUUUAUUAUUUCCACAUUUCAAAAUAUUUAUUUUCGUGAUCAAUAAUAUUAUGCUACGAUUUUAUUAAGAAUCAGAAUUCAUAUUCUUUUUAAAUUUUAAAAAAGAAUUUUAAAUAAGAAAUAAAUUACAAGAAGAUAAAGAAUUAGAAGAAGAUUAGAAUUGAAUGAGAGAUAUAUCAAUGCUCACAAAGAACGUCAGAUAUGUAUAAUAAUAUUGUGGAAUGCAAUCAUGAAAGCGUUAAUAUAUUUAUUAACCAAAUGUUAAUUAAUUCUUAAAUGUGCAUCUACAUAUAAUUGUAUAAUAGUUAUAGUAAUAUUGUAAAGUAUAUAUAAAAAAAAAAUCGAAAAAAAAGAAGAUAACACAAAUAUUAUCUGUGUAAUCUUAUAAAAUUGGUGCAAAAUGUUAAGAACUGAUGAAAGAUCUAGUCUUUAAAGUAUAUACUAGAACAUAUUAAUUAAUCUUAAAGAUUGAAAAGAACAUCUCACUAAUAAAGUGAUAACUGAUUCUUUGUGACCUCUUAACCGAUGUUAAUUAGAUGAUCAAUGUAUUCAUAAAGUAGAAGAAUAGAAUUAAAUUUGUAUAUAGAAUAUAAUUCAUGAAAUAAGAAAUUCUUGGUUCUAAAUGGAACAAGUUCAUCAACAUAGAUAUGUUGUGUUCUAUUUUUAAAGUAGAAUUGCAUGGAAAUGAAAAAUAACAAAAGAAUAAUACAUUUAUAUGUAUAUUAGAGAACUUCAUUAUAAUUUAAUAGAAAUUAAUUCUAAAAGAAGGUUUUAGAAAUUAAUCAAUGCAUUCAUAUAUAUUGAAAUUAUAUUAUUAAAUUAUAUGAAUUAAAUGAAGGUAAAAUUAUAAUGACUUAAAAUAAAAUAAUGUUUUUCAUUUUUUGCACAAAAUAAUAUAAAUUAAAAAAUUUGAUAAUAAUAACUUAAUAAAAUAAUAAUUAAAUAUGAAUAAUAAUUUUUUUAAAUGAAGUGAUAAUAAAUGAUAGAAAUACUUAUAUUAAAAUUAUAUUAAAAAAAUUUUAAUAUCUUCAUUACCUUCAUUUAGUUUUUUUAAAUCACUAAUAUUGUGUAUUUUAUUAAUUUAUCGAGUUUAUAUAAAAUAAGAUUUAUAUAUAAUCUAUUUUAAAUUUUCGAAAUAAUAAUUUUUCUGUUCUUUUUAUAUAAAAUUUAAAAUUAUUAAAAAGAAAACAAUCAUUUUAGAAUUAGCAUUGAAUAAUAUCUAAAUUCUUCUAUCUUAAAAUUCACGUUUGAUACGUGCGGUAUUUUUUUCUUAUUAAUUAUUUUUUUUAUUUUAUUGCAUAAUAUAUUUCAAAAUAUAUAUGUAUGUAUAAUGUUAUAUUCACAUUAAAAUUAAUAGAGUGUUUUUCAAUUUAUUUAUCAAUACUUAAAAUACGGGUAUAACAUUAUAUACUAUUAAAAUAGUAAUAAGCAAAGUUAAAAAAAAAAAUAUCUAAUCUAUUCGAACAAACUAUAUAUUAUUUGUUUUUAAUUAUGUUAUAUUUAUUUUUUAUUAUAUUAAUUAUACAUAUAUACAUCGUAUAUUGAUAAAAUGUUAUGUUUAAAUUUUAAUAAGAAAUUACGAAACAAUUUCAAUAAAAUAUCUGGCUCUUUUUUAUUUAUUUCAUUAAACUUAACGUAUUAAAUAUUAAGUGAUAUGAUAAAACUGUUCUUAAAUCUUUAAUUGUAUAUGUAUGUAUGAUCGCAAAAAUUUUGUAAUAUAUCUAUAUAUAUUCAAAUGUACAAUUUUAAAUGUCUUAUAUUUGAAGUCUUUCAUAAAUAUUAUUUAGGUAAUUAAAAUAUUAAGUCAAUAAAUACAAUUAGUAGAAGAA